GCUUUUUAAGGAAAACAUGCUAUCAUAUAUACCUCACCUCCAGGGCAGUAUAUUCUUACUUUAAGGCAAAGACAGUUGCUGAGGCCUGGACGAGGGGAAAAUUUGGGCUCCAGAUGGGACUGCUGGAUAAAAUACCAGACGUCCUGUAAAUGUGAAUUUUAGAUAAACAACGAAUAACUUUUUAGUAUAAAAGUAAAUACUGCAAUGGAAUUUAUUAUUUGCUAAAUGUGCAACCCUAGGUUAAGAGAGCUUUUCUGACCCACUUCUCAGCCCCAGUUUUCUAUUUAAAAUCAGAAUAACAACGCCUGCUUCAUGGAGCUGUUAAAUUCAAAUGGAAACUAAUUUGAAAGUGCGAAAUCAAACUUUUCAAAAGAAUGACGGUUUAAAUAAGAGAGUUUUGGCCUCCGCUAGCUGCUUCCGGGCGGAGGUCCUCGACCUCCCCUAGGCGAGGCGCUAGGUGUAGGAGCGGCGGGUCUUAGCGUGGCCGCCACGCUCGCCGCCUCCCACCUGCCCUGGCUGGCUGGGGCCCGACCCUUGCGUCGCUCCGGGGCCCAAGUUACGGACUCGGGGAUCCAGUUUCCCGCACCGAACAAGACCUGCCGCAGCGCCCGACCCUCCUCUCGCUGCUUUGGACUCUUCCGGCUUCCGCCUUCCGCAGCAGUCACGUGCCUCCGAUCACGUGACCGGCGCCUCUGUUAUUCUACUGCGGCCGCCCUGGCUUCCUUCUACCUGUGCGGCCCUCAACGUCUCCUUGGUGCGGGACCCGCUUCACUUUCGGCUCCCGGAGUCUCCCGCCACUGCUCAGACCUUUGGACCUGACAGGAGACGCCGACUUGGCUCUGACGCGGCGCCCCAGCCCGGCUGUGUCCCCGGCACCCCGGACCACCCUCCCUGCCAGCUUUGGGUGUAUUGUGGGGUCCCGAGGAUUCGCGAGAUUUGUUGAAAGACAUUCAAGAUUACGAAGUUUAGAUGACCAAAAUGGAUAUCCGAGGUGCUGUGGAUGCUGCUGUCCCAACCAAUAUUAUUGCUGCCAAGGCUGCAGAAGUUCGUGCAAACAAAGUGAACUGGCAAUCCUAUCUUCAGGGACAGAUGAUUUCUGCUGAAGAUUGUGAGUUUAUUCAGAGGUUUGAAAUGAAACGGAGCCCUGAAGAGAAGCAAGAGAUGCUUCAAACUGAAGGCAGCCAGUGUGCUAAAACAUUUAUAAAUCUGAUGACUCAUAUCUGCAAAGAACAGACCGUUCAGUAUAUACUAACUAUGGUGGAUGAUAUGCUGCAGGAAAAUCAUCAGCGUGUUAGCAUUUUCUUUGACUAUGCAAGAUGUAGCAAGAACACUGCGUGGCCCUACUUUCUGCCAAUGUUGAAUCGCCAGGAUCCCUUUACUGUUCAUAUGGCAGCAAGAAUUAUUGCAAAGUUAGCAGCUUGGGGAAAAGAAUUGAUGGAAGGCAGUGACUUAAAUUACUAUUUCAAUUGGAUAAAAACUCAGCUGAGUUCACAGAGUUCGCAGUAUGUGCAGUGCGUGGCCGGGUGUUUGCAGCUGAUGCUCCGGGUCAAUGAGUACCGCUUUGCUUGGGUGGAAGCAGAUGGGGUAAAUUGCAUAAUGGGAGUGUUGAGUAACAAGUGUGGCUUUCAGCUCCAGUAUCAAAUGAUUUUUUCAAUAUGGCUCCUGGCAUUCAGUCCUCAAAUGUGUGAACACCUGCGGCACUAUAAUAUCAUUCCAGUUCUGUCUGAUAUCCUUCAGGAGUCUGUCAAAGAGAAAGUAACAAGAAUCAUUCUUGCAGCAUUUCGUAACUUUUUAGAAAAAUCAACUGAAAGAGAAACUCGCCAAGAAUAUGCCCUGGCUAUGAUUCAGUGCAAAGUUCUGAAACAGUUGGAGAACUUGGAACAGCAGAAGUACGAUGAUGAAGAUAUCAGCGAAGAUAUCAAAUUUCUUUUGGAAAAACUUGGAGAGAGUGUCCAGGACCUUAGUUCAUUUGAUGAAUACAGUUCAGAACUUAAAUCUGGAAGGUUGGAAUGGAGUCCUGUGCACAAAUCUGAGAAAUUUUGGAGAGAGAAUGCCGUGAGGUUAAAUGAGAAGAAUUAUGAACUCUUGAAAAUCUUGACAAAACUUUUGGAAGUGUCAGAUGAUCCCCAAGUCUUAGCUGUUGCUGCUCACGAUGUUGGAGAAUAUGUGCGGCAUUAUCCACGAGGCAAACGGGUCAUCGAGCAGCUCGGUGGGAAGCAGCUGGUCAUGAACCACAUGCAUCACGAAGACCAGCAGGUCCGCUAUAACGCUCUGCUGGCCGUGCAGAAGCUCAUGGUGCACAACUGGGAAUACCUUGGCAAGCAGCUCCAAUCCGAGCAGCCCCAGACCGCUGCCGCCCGAAGCUAAGCCUGCCUCUGGCCUUCCCCUCCGCCUCAAUGCAGAACCAGUAGUGGGAGCACUGUGUUUAGAGUUAAGAGUGAACACUGUUUGAUUUUACUUGGAAUUUCCUCUGUUAUGUAGCUUUUCCCAAUGCUAAUUUCCAAACAACAACAACAACAAAAAAACAUGUUUGCCUGUUAAGUUGUAUAAAAGUAGGUGAUUCUGUAUUUAAAGAAAAUAUUACUGUUACAUAUACUGCUUGCAAUUUCUGUAUUUAUUGUUCUCUGGAAAUAAAUAUAGUUAUUAAAGGAUUCUCACUCCAAA